UCGUUCGCGUGUUUAUAAUAAGAAUCAGUCACCGAUGGUCCGCCGAGCGUGCACGAUGAGAGGCAUUGUUUAAGUUACCUACUACGAGAUAAAUUUGUGUUAACUUCACAGCAUACUUGUGUAUUGAGGACUGGUCUAUCAUGGUGGACAGAGAUGCUAGAUUGUGGUUGAGUGGAUUUAUACCCAAGAAAGUGGUGGAUACGACUCUAUGAUGUGGAUUUACAACUUGGUUUUCGCAUUGUUUUACACCUCCACAUUGGGUCAUCCCGGGAUUGACGGCCCAUCGCCUCGGUCGCCUCCUCCGCCGUUCUUCGAGCAGACAUCCUCCAGUGUGAUAGUGCAACCAGGACAGACCGUCCAGAUACCCUGUAGAGUCAGACACCUGGGCGACAAAAUUGUAUCAUGGAUCAGACGGAGAGACCUGCACAUCAUAGCGUCAGCAGGCUUCAUGUUCACAGCUGAUGCCAGGUUCAGCGUGCUGCAUCCCGAGGGUGACUCCUCAGCAUGGACGUUGCAGCUGACGGGGGCUCAGCCCCAAGACCAGGGGCUGUAUGAGUGUCAAGUCAAUACAGAACCUAAGAUGAAACAGGCUGUGCUGCUCACAGUGACUGAUUCGGUACCAGUGGAUGAUGCCCUUGAGCUGUCUAUGGGCGAUGAUGCCUCUGCCCUAACAGGUGGCGUCACUCGUAUCCAGGGCCCACGAGAGCAGUACGUCAGAUCUGGGAGUACUUGGACACUGACCUGUGAGGUAUCCGGACUAUCCGGGAUCCGGCCUCCGCUUCAUCAGAAGACGGACAACUUCCUAGCCAAACCUCAACGUCUGGUGGACUGGCUACACGAGGGAAAACUUCUAACGUACCAGUCUUCUAGAGGAGGUAUAAGCGUGGAUACAGAGCACGGUGAUGGUGUGACCAUCAGUAGACUGACUCUGGCCAAUCUGAGAAACGAGGACACUGGGAGAUAUGUCUGCAAACCGAUGUCUACCUCUCCAGCAGUCGUCACCAUCAUUGUGAUAGAGGGAGAAAAGACAGCAAUGUUGGGCCGUAGCUCUGCCACACUUCCAGUCAACCAUUGGGUCGUCAUGAUUGUCCUAGUACUACUGACUGUGAGACACUAGUGCGUCAACUACACUGAACUGAACUCCUCCGAGAGCUGCAUAUGUACUCAAGUCUCUAGACCUCUUUGACAGUUCCUUGACACAAUCUCUGUAAUAAAAUGUAAAAAGUCUCUUUUACCUUUUUGUAAUAAAGUAUGUUUCAUCUUU